AUGAUUCUCUCCAACUGGUUACCCGCCUUACUGGGCGGCGCUCUCGCCGCCCAGGGCGCGUUAGCCCUCAACAUCAACAUCGGCGAUGAAAAUUCUAUCAAGCAGGCGGCCAAAACGGUUGCGACGGACAUGAUGACCUACUAUAAUGAUCGCGACUCAAAAGCAAUCCCUGGAAAGUUUGAUGGCACCUGGUGGGAAGGCGGUUCCAUGUUCAUGAUCCUCAUUCAGUAUUGGUUCCUGACCGGCGAUGCGGACUUCAACGCCGAGGUGAUGGAGGGCAUGUACUGGCAGAAGGGCGACGACAACUACUUCCCCAGUAAUUACUCGCAGUAUCUGGGUAAUGAUGACCAAGUCUUCUGGGGUCUGGCCGCCAUGACCGCCGCCGAAUUGAAUUAUCCCGAACAGGACGGGCAACCAUCCUGGGUUUCUCUGGCCCAGGGAGUAUUCAACACUCAGGCUCCGCGCUGGGAUACCAGCAGUUGCCAUGGUGGUAUGCGUUGGCAGAUCUGGCCGUAUCAGGCCGGCUACACCACGAAAAACGCGAUUUCCAAUGGCGGGCUUUUCCAACUCUCUGCACGUCUUGCUCUGUACACCAGAAACACCACCUACAGCGAGUGGGCCGAACGCAUCUGGGACUGGAGUGCGACCACCCCGUUGCUGAAGCAGAAGAAUUGGAAUAUUGCCGAUUCCACCACCUGCGAAACCCAAUGUACGGACCACGGCGAUUGGCAAUGGACCUACAACUACGCGACAUACGUCAGCGGGGCCGCGUACAUGUACAACUACACCAAUGGAACCCAGAAAUGGAAGGACGGUAUCGAAGGCCUGGUAGGCACCUCCGCGCAAUUCUAUCCGACCAGCGUCGGCGGAAACAUUCUCUCAGAGAUUACCUGCGAGUCGAUUGAGAAAUGUGAUCGCAAUCAGAUCACGUUUAAGGCCUACUUUGCUUCGUGGCUCGCAUUCAUGACGACUCUUGUCCCUGGGACCUCUGAACUCGUCAUGCCCAAGUUGCAGACCUCGGCCGAGGCUGCUGUGAAGACCUGCACUGGUCUGUCGGAUGGCUCCCACUGUGGUAUCAAGUGGUACACGCAGUCCUGGGACGGCACCGAUGGACUGGAACAGCAGAUGGCGGUGCUUGGCGUUCUCAAUGCCGUACUGGUUCCCUUCAAGAACCAGGCACCCUUCACGUCCGACACUGGUGGUACCUCCAAGGGUAACCCAAAUGCCGGUACCAACAGCUCCGAUAGUAACGUGCCGGUGCUCAACAACAUCACCACCGGGGAUCGCGCAGGUGCCGGUGUCCUCACCGUCAUCUUUGUGACCGGCUGGGCCGUUGCUGUAACAUGGAUGAUUCGUGGUGGUUAA